CUUUAAUCUUCAAUAAUUCUUGUCAACAACAGCACCAAUUGAUCAGCCAUUGGAAACACCUCCGAGUAAACUUCAGGAAGCAUACCAGUAAUAAGAAUUAGUCACAACAAUGUCCCCAGAGAAACGGAACAAUUUCUUAGACGCGGAUGAAAGCGAAGACGACGGUAGCCAAGGUUAUGAUUCCGAGGCCGAACAGUUACAGAAAGGCGGUCGAAUCGCAAAGCGUCGCAAAUUGAGUGACGAUGUCGCAAGCGGCGAAGACGACGAACACAGUGCCGACGAAGAGGCUGGAGGUGAUGCUGCCAUAGAGGAGAAUGAGGAGGAGGAAGAAGAAGAAGGGGACGAAGGGGAUUCCCAUACAAAAACGAAUGGAGGCAAAUUGAAGCCGGAAAAUUUACAAGCGGAAUUGCCUGAUGUCUCACGUCCAUUAACCAAAAAGAACUUGGUCGCCACAGAGAAAGCCAUAAAAAAAUCAGGCCUAAUUUACCUUUCGCGCAUACCCCCCUUCAUGAAGCCUAUGAAGCUGCGAUCAUUGCUCGAACCGUACGGCAAGAUCAACAGGAUAUUCCUCACACCUGAGGAUCCCCAAGAACGUUCUCGACGGAUUCGACAAGGCGGAAACAAAAAACAUAUGUACACCGAUGGCUGGGUGGAGUUCGUGGAUAAGAAAGAUGCAAAGAAAGCCGUCGACCUGCUGAAUGCCCGGACUAUAGGAGGGAAAAAGAACACUUACUAUCGAGACGAUAUCUGGAACCUUCUCUACUUGAAGGGGUUCAAAUGGCACAACCUUACGGAGCAGAUCAAUUCGGAAAUGGCUGAGAGGACGAGCAGAAUGAGGGCAGAAAUCAGCAAAUCAACCAAGGAGAACAAGGAGUUCGUGAGAAACAUCGAGAAAGCCAAGGUGUUAGGAGGAAUGCAGGCCAAAGCUGCCGCAAAAAGGAGUAGAGAUGAGGACAACAGUACCAAACCCAAACCUGCAUCUGCAGCGGCAAAAGAUGCGGAUGAUUCCAAGAAUGUACGGAAGUUCAAGCAGGCUUCCGUAGGAAGGAAGGGGGUGGAAAAGGCUCCCGAGGAAGCCAAACGAGUUCUAAGCCAGCUUUUUUGAUUCCGUCAACAAUGAUACCCAGGCUUUUCACAUUUACCUAUAAUUCACUUUGAAGAUGCCUUAAUGUGGUUACAGGCAGAGUUCGUUGACUAGCCAGCUACUUGGGGACAUAUAA